GGUUACGAGGGAAAACUCUGUAUGUAAACUCGCUGAUAGAUGCGUCAUACGUUGAACAUGUACAUACAGACACUGUACAAGGGUAUAUACAGGUUUAUGUAUACACCUAGAUGUCGUCGCAUGAAUUGAACUUGAGCUGUGCUACACCCAAAUGACUGUGAAGUAAUAAACUUGGAAGUUUCUGCCCAUCAAAUGUUCUGAUUAUUGCUGAACUUAGCAUCUGGAAAGGCUAUUCCAUUGUGGAUUUAUUUGGAUUUGAUAAUGUGAUAUUUUGUUGCUGAGUUAUCGAGGAAGGGAAAGAGUAUUACGGUGGUUUAUAGUUAACAGCAGAAGUCGAAGACAAUUUACCAUCCAGAGCCCACUGUAGAAGGAAAUAAAGGAUUAUAACAAGAUUUACUUUAAAGUGUGCGAUGAGAUGGACAGACGAACAGAAGAAUUAAAUUUAAGAUAUGAGAUCUGAUGUUAUGAUAGAAAGAUCGACUAACUGAUAAAAGUAAAGACAAAGUGGAAAAUACACAACUUCUAUCAAUUAAAAGGAAACAACCAUCUAAUCUUAAUAAAUAAAUUAUAAUUUAUAAAAUCAAUUGAUUAAGAGGUAAAGGAGAAGUUAUGAUUGAAGGAACAAAUAAAAGAAAGAUUGUUUGAAGGGAGGAUCAGGGAAUACAUAUUGCUUUGAAGUUAUUUCGAUUGAGGGAGGAACUGACAAUAAAAACCCAUAUCAGAUAGAGAAAGGAGAUACAACAGUAAUAUAAUAAUACUGACAUCAUUUCACAAGAAAUAAUUAAGCACCACAGAAGGGAGGAGGAAGGAAGAACAAGAAAUUAAAUUUUCUUGUGAUUGAAAGCAUAUAUAGGAAUAAUUAAUCAUCAAUUCAAGAAAGUGUAUACAUUGUCAGAUAGUUUCUGCCACUUGUCCUGUGAUAGAGAGAACAAGUGACUACUGAUUGACUGAUAGAAGGAAAGGAAGAACCAACUAAAGGAAGACAAGACAAGGGAUUUCAGGGAGUUUCUGACUCUAGACCUUUGAAGGAGGGAACGAGCGACUCAGUGAUUGACCGAUAGUAGGAUAGGAAUAACCAACUGAAAAAAGUCAGUGAACGAUUUCAGGGAGCCUCUGGGCCGGUCCUGUGAUAAAGUGAACAAGAAACUUAUUGAUUGACAGAAGGAAGGAACAACCGCCACCAUAGCUCCGAAGGAGAGACUCGUGAUGGAGAUCGAAGAGGAUCCUCCAACUCCCAAACCACCGUUAUCAGAGAAAGGACAGUGCUAUCGGGUCGUUCUUUACUGUCUAAAUGUCUUCUUUGUGUUCACAGGUGUCGCGAUGGUAGCGAUAGGAGUAUGGGUGCAGCUGGACCCCAUCAACGAGCAGGUCGCGCUUCUCCUCGGCAACGACCUUUUCAAGAUGGCGGGCAAGGCCAUUGUCCUUGGUGGAAUCAUGAUCCUCAUCGUGUCUCUACUGGGAUGUGUCGGAGCUCGUCUGGAGAACAAGUGCCUCUUGAAAAUGUAUUUCUACUUCCUUCUGCUAGUGUUCGUGGUGGAGUUUUCUGGAGGCAUUUUGGGAUUGGCAUUCUUAGCAAGCGCUGAAACAGAGCAGAACUUGACAUGGUCGCUGAGAGAUAAUUACGGAGCAGAAGGUGGGGAGGAAUACACAGAGGCAUAUGAUUUUAUACAGAAAAGGUUCCGGUGCUGUGGUAUAACCGGGGAUGUCGUAGCAGCAGUGAUCGAGUAUCGAAUGACCGCAUUCUGGCUGAACCAAUCACCGUUAAAACCCCGCAACGUGGUGCCGUUAAGCUGCUGUCGAGAGGGCGUUGACCCCGUCAUCUGCCGGUUGGAGAGGCCCCAGAACCUGUAUAGACUCUACUUACAUGAUGUGGGGUGCCUGACAGCUACAGAGAAUCGUGUCACAGAGUACGGAGGUGUCGUCGGAGGUGUAGCGAUUUGUAUAUCUGUUUUACAUUUGGCUGGCAUGGUAUUCACAUUCUGUCUGUACAGGGAAGUGCCAAGAAGCAGAUAAGAGACAAUCAAGUAUGGAUAAGCCAAGACCUUCUUUCAU